GAUCAGUUUGUCGGUGUCUUCCAUUGGCUUCGGUUCUGUGUGUGCGCGGCUGGCGAAAUGGAGAUUCUACUGCGUUUCAUUCUAAUUACAGUUAAAGUCGUCGCUUUGUGUAUUUAUCCGCUGCAAUGCGUUUUAGCAUACCUCCGCCCCCGUUCUGCCACCCGCUUGCCAUCCAUUCGCGAUCCUCUGCUGACGCUUAGCGUGCGUGAUUUGCGAAACAAGCUUAAAGCCCGCCAACUUAGUUCCGUAGAUCUGGUUAACGCUUAUAUAAAACGAAUUGAGGACGUAAAUCCGAAGCUGAAUGCUGUGGUCGAGGAUCGUUUUAAGACAGCACUACAGGAGGCUAGAUCUAUCGAUAAGCGCAUUUGGGAACACGCUGGGCACGCUGAUGAGCUAUUUAAGGAAUUUCCACUGCUAGGCAUGCCCUUCACCAUAAAGGAAUCCUGCGCACUGGCCGGCAUGUCCUUCGCCGUGGGAAGCACCGUCCGCAGCCAUAUUCGAGCAGAUGCCGAUGGAACUGUAGUCGCUCGACUGCGUGCCGCUGGGGCAAUUCCACUGCUGGUCUCUGCCACACCAGAAUACUGCUACAGCGUAGAGACAGACACAUUGCAGAAUAGACGCUGUUGCAAUCCCUAUGACUUGGAACGGUCAGCGGGUGGUUCUUCUGGUGGAGAGGGCGCUCUAAACGGUGCUGGUGCUUCAGUCUUUGGCGUAGGCUCUGAUAUUGGUGGUUCCAUACGCAUACCAAGCUUGAAUUGUGGGAUCUUCGGCCAUAAGCCCACUGGCGGUGUAGUCUCCACGACGGGUCAUUUUCCCACAUCCACCGACGAAGAUUUCAAGCAAUACCUACAGUUGGGUCCCAUGAGUCGCUUUGCAACCGAUCUCACAGAGUUGUUGGAGCUAAUGGUGGGUGAGAACCUCGACAAACUGCUGCCGGCCGUGCAACUGAACCGUGCUAAGGUAUACUACGCCAUGGGCUUUGAGGGGCUCAAUGGUCUGAUGCACCAAUCAGUGAAUGCGGACAUAAAGGGAGUCCUACGAAAGGGUCUGGACCAUCUUAAGAGUCUUGGCCUGCCUGUAAAGCACGCCCGGUUGCCGGGCAUGCAAAACUCAUUGGAAAUCGCGCUCUCGGGCAUUGCACGACUCGAGAACAUGUCGUAUCUCAUGAACAAGGAUGGCACAUUGGCGAAAACCUUGCUGGAGUUCCUUCGUAGCUUUCUGGGGUUAUCAAAACACACGACCAAUGCAUUAAUAUUCGAACUUAUGAGACGUGCUAACGCCUUCAUGCCCCUCCAGCAAGUAUCUAAAUAUCGGGAAGAAGCAUUGGCACUAACCGAAAAGUUCACUCAACUAUUGGGCAAGGACGGUGUCUUUAUUUUCCCCACAAUGCACAUGCCCGCCUCCUGCCCCAAAUGGUGGACGCUCCUACCUUUAUGGGGUGUUGAUUAUACCUUAAUUUGGAAUAUUCUCGGCCUGCCGGCGACUCACGUGCCCAUGGGCCUGAAUGCCAAGGGCUUACCAAUUGGAUUCUCGGUCAUUGCAGGCCCAUAUCAAGACCGGCUUUGCAUAAAUGUUGCCAUGGAACUGGAACGCGCCUUUGGAGGCUGGCAACCACCAACACCACACAAUUUUAACGAGCAGCAGCACGCACAAACAUAAUUGUCAAUAAAUAUUCUAUGCAUAGAUUAUGAAAUAAAGAAACCUUAAACAUGUA